CUAUUCCUCCCACUGAAACCAAUGAUGGGGCACUAUUCCUCCCCACUGACACCAAUGAUGGGGCACUAUUCCUCCCCACUGACACCAAUGAUGGGGCACUAUUCCUCCCCACUGAUACCAAUGAUGGGGCACUAUUCCUCCCCACUGAUACCAAUGAUGGGGCACUAUUCCUCCCCACUGAUACCAAUGAUGGGGCACUAUUCCUCCUCACUGAUACCAAUGAUGGGGCACUAUUCCUCCCCACUGAUAUCAAUUGUGUGGCACUAUUCCUCCCACUGACACCAACAAUAAGGUGCUAUUUCUUCCACUGAUACCAAUGAUGGUGUACUGUUCCUCCCAGUAAUACCAAUGAUGAGCCACUAUUCCUCCUCCUACUGACCACAGGCACUGUGCAACUGACUACCAACCCUGUGGCUCACUGAUGUUGGGCUUGGGACAUUUUCUACCCCCACUGGCCACAAUCUGGGCCCCCUAUUAAUCCUCUGAUCCUCCCUGCACAAGACUGGUCCCCCAUGGUCA